AUGAACGCGCCACAGCAGACACAGGAAAUGGAGAGCGUGCGCUCGUGGCACCUCAUGCGCCAGGAGGAGCUGCGCAUUGAAGUCGACAAAGAUAUGACGGACGGCACGGGCGAGAUAUUCGGCACGGAGCUGGCGAAGGACCGAGCCUACACGUUCACCCGGUGCAAGUUCGCCCUCUUCUCGUGGCACGGCUGCACCAUCGAAGUGACGGGCCAGUGCCACGCCUACGUGGGCAAGGAGACGCCCAUGAACGCCUACAUGAACGUCCACGGCAUGCUCGAGGAGAUGCGCGACAUGGCCGAGCGGACGGACAAGCAGGGCCCGCGGGUGAUGAUCGUCGGCCCGACCGACACCGGCAAGUCGUCCCUCAGCCGCAUCCUCGCAUCCUACGCCGCUCGGCUCGGGCGCACACCCACCGUCGUCGACCUCGACGUGGGCCAAGGUUCUUCGGUGCCUGGCAUGAUCGCCUCUUUGCCAAUCGAGAAGCCUGUUGACGUGUCUGAGGGCUACGAGUUCGCGACGCCGCUCGUGUACUGGUACGGCGACGUGACGCCCGGCAGCAACCCCGACCUCUACAAGCUGCAGGUCAGCAACCUCCUGCGAGACAUCAACCGCCGCAUGGAGCUCAAUCAAGCAGCAUCGGUCGGUGGGCUGAUCGUGAACACGUGCGGGUGGAUCGACGGCGUCGGGUACGAACUCAUCCGACAGGCCAUCGACGCCACCAGGGCGACCGUCGUCCUCGUCCUCGACAACGAGCGACUCUACUCGGACCUCCAGCAGGACCUCUCCCAGGUCCAGGACAGGAGAACACAGGUGAUCAAGUUGUACAAAUCUGGUGGCGUCGUGACCCGAGAUCCCAACUUCAGACGUCAGGUGGAGGCUAACGCCAAUGUGCAGACGCGGGUGGACAAGAUUAGGGAGUACUUCUAUGGACCCAGCGGCGACCUGAGCCCGCACUCGACGCUCAUCGACUUUGCCGAUAUCUCGAUCUACCGCAUCGGCGGCGGUCCGCGCGCGCCAUCGUCCGCCCUGCCCAUCGGCGCCGAGCGCACCAUCACGCCCACCAAGCUGGUCGAGGUCCAGCCCUCCCAGGAGAUCGUGCACUCCAUCAUCGGCGUCUCGCACGCCAAGACGCCCGAGGCCCUGCUCGAAACCAACCUCGCGGGCUUCCUGUACAUCACGGACGUCAACGUGGAGAAGAAGAAGCUCACCGUGCUGGCCCCUUGCCCCGGACCUCUCCCCAGCCGCUUUGUCGUCGUGGGCGCCCUCAAGUGGUACGAGUGA